UAUGUGUUUUAGGAACUCAAGGUAAUUUAAAUUCCAGUUGCUUUGCAGGAACUCAAGGCAAUUUAAAUUUCUCUUUUUAUUUGAUUUUUAAGAUUCAACUUGUUUGGGUUUUUUUUUAUUAAUUUUGUCAUGGGUUUGUAGGAAGAGUUUAUGGGUAUGCAGGAAAACUAGUGGAAUUAAUUUUACAGUUCAACAAGACAAGUAUCUUAGUGUGAAUUUUAGGAGGGGAAAAACUCGUGUAACAAAGACAAGUAUCCUUGUUGUGGUGGUUGUUUUUGAAGAAUUGAAGCAUUAUCUUAGUGUGAAUUUUAUUGGGAUAGAAUUGAAUUUGACCCAUGUUUUCUUCUGAUCUUAAGUGCUUCAUCUGUUGAGUCUAUGAGGAUUACACAAUUGUUCUGUUUUUGUGUUUUUAUAAGUUUGAUUUCUGGAUUUCUAUUGUUCCUAUCUUCUUCAUGAACCAAUUUUGAGUUGAGUUUUUUUUUUAUUGUUCCUUCCUUAUUGUAUAUGCUAAUUCAUUGCUUGAAAAGUUAUAGCUUUAAUUUGUUUGAUCUUUCAUCUAAACCACUUCAUCAACCUUCAAUUUCUCCUAGUAUUUUGAAUUGUGAUUUAAAAGGUAGAGAGUCACAAACACUCGUUUGUGACAUUCAUAGUGUCCUAUUAUGAACUCAUUCUUUCUUUCCUUAUUUCAUGCUAGUUGCUUUUGAAGGUGGUAGCAUUUUAAGAGCUUUUAUAUUACUUUCUUCAUGUCCUAUAUUAUGGUUUUUAAGCUAUGAACUUAAGCUUAAAGUUAUGAUCUUCAUAACUUUUUGUGGACUUAAAAUAAAGGACAUGGAAAUGAUUGCAAGAGUUGUUUUACCAAAGUUUUACAUGGAGAAUCUUAAUCUUAUGGCUUAUGAGGUUUUGGUAUCAGCAAAGUGUAGAGUUUUCUUCACUUCUGUGCCAAAAGUUAUGGUUGAGGGAUUUUUGAAGGAAUAUUUGAAUGGUGAUGAUGUUAUAGCUACUGAAUUGCAAAGUGUUGGAUGUUACUUCACUGGUUUGAUCUCUAAGCAUGGUUUGGUUGUUAAGCAUAGUGCAAUAAUGGAUUAUUUUGGAGAUAAAAAGCCUGAUUUAGGGAUUGGAAGCACAUGUGUCAAUGAUCAUCAUUUUAUAUCAUGUUGCAAGCCUUGCCAAUUGGAGAAUAUGCCGCAGUAA